AUGCCACGCUCGUUUUUGGUGAAACAGCCCAAGGUCCACGAUUCCCAGCUUUCGAACUACUAUCACCAGAAUCAACAACACUGGGACGAUUCCUACUCUGUGACACAUGCCAUCACAGAGUCAGCCACCAACUUGGCUGUUCAUUUAAGUGAAAAUGGCUACAUCCACGAUUACGUAAUUCCCUCGGUGUUACAAAAAAAGAAGAUGUCCAAAGCGGCCUCUGAGAUGUUGUACUCCCAGGGAUGUAUCGCUGGAAGCAGCGGGGACGAAUUUUCUGACCAUGACACGGAUGAUCCCGAUAGCCCAGUCUCCAACACAUCAGUUGAGUCAGACAUAGCAGUGAGCACCAUCGACGCCUUCCUCGUCUCUGACGGGCGCUCAAGCCGGCGAACAGACCAGAGAUGUCGAUCAGAUAGCGGCAAGGGUAGAAAGGUCGCCGUCCGUGCUUCAAAGCCUGUGACCAAAGGUCGCCACGUGUGCGGUGAGUGCGGCAAAUCUUACGCGACGUCAUCGAAUCUGAGCAGACACAAGCAGAUUCAUCGGAGCCUGGACAGCCAGCAAGCCAGGAAGUGUCCCACUUGCCACAAGUUGUACGUCUCAAUGCCGGCAUUGUCCAUGCACAUGCUGACCCACGACUUGAAGCACAGCUGCACGGUGUGCGGUAAAGCCUUCAGCCGGCCCUGGCUCCUGCAGGGCCACAUGAGGUCCCACACCGGCGAGAAACCGUUCGCCUGCGCUCACUGCGGUAAAGCCUUUGCGGAUCGCUCAAACCUGCGUGCCCACAUGCAGACGCAUUCGGCAUUCAAGCACCACUCAUGUAAACGCUGCCACAAAAGCUUUGCACUCAAGUCUUACUUAAACAAGCAUUACGAGUCAGCGUGCUUCAAAGAGCACCGAGCGGAGGACGAAUGCAGCUCAGAGGACUAA